AAAGAGUGUUGUGAAGGUGAAAAGAGAGGUACAGUGCCACGUCAAUAGCUCAUACCCUCGUUGUUCAUCGUCUCUUUAUAGUUAUUCACUAUUCAGUGAUUGAUAACAAAAUCAAAAACGCCAUUGUUAAGAGACGUUGAAGAGAGAGAGAGAGAGAGAAUAUAGAGAAAGAAGAGAGAUGGCUGAGGAGUAUUCAUACAUGGACAUCACGAGAUUCACGGCAAACCCAGAUGGUUUUUACGCUACCAACAGUCCGUUCCAGAAAGCGGGUCCCAAGGGUUUCGUCGAGGUGAAGAUCCUCGAGGACGACAAGCUUUACAUCCGCGUCGACUUGCCCGGUGUUCCCGACGACGCCGUCCGCCACAGAGUCGACUCCGUGAGGCAAAAGGUGAUCUUUUUUUCCGGCGAGACUCUCGACGACGGCAACAACAAGGACGGCGUUCGUGAGUACUCCGGAAGCACCGGUCUGAGCUGCGACUGCUGCGAGAUCACCGGCGUGGAGGCCAAGAUGAAAGAUGGAGUCUUGAGGAUGUUUGCGUCAAGGGUCAAGGUGAAGAACCAUGACAAGAAGUGUACUCUCACUUUCCCUCCUUUCACAGGUAAAUCUGGAAGACGCCAAGAGGAUCAUCCGUUUCUGGUGAAAGGUCCUAAGGGAGCAAUGUUCGUUGGAGCAACACGUGAUGGAGGUUCUUACAUGGCCAUAGAUAUGCCAGGUGCUAUUACUGACGAUGUCCAAUGGGUUACCAUCCGGAAUGGGCUUAGGUUCAUCGCUCAGACCAAGAAGGCGUGCGAGCAUGAUGAGAGCGCUCGUCUCUACCUUGGAAGCUUCGGCACGAUGGACUCUUCCACUGCACCUUCGGUUAACUCCAUCACCGCCACUGUCAAAUUUGGUGUUCUCAAGGUUUUCACUUGACCUUGAGAACUUGAGUAAUCACUCUCUCUAUCUAUCUAUCCUUUUGUUUUAAGAGAACUUGAGUGUUUUAAGUUGAAAUUUGAGACAAGUUAUGUGUCUGAGUCUUGCUUUUGUGUGUUUUUGUUAUGGUUUUAAGGAUUCAUAUUCCCAAUCUAAUCUUUUUAAGCUAAGCUGAUUGAAACUAAGUCAAUAUAAAGCUUGAUCCAUCAA